GAUUUGCGAAAAAAAACAUAAAACUAGUGAACAACUGGAUUUGAACAAGGUGAGAAAGAUUGAUAUAGGCUGGUUGGUGCCCUCCGAAUCUACCAAUGAAAUGUAUGUAGUGGAGAGAUUGUCAUUAGGUUGCACAUGUAAACUUGUCUGUGAUAAAUGUCAGGCGUGUAUACAUCAGUAUACAUGUUCCUGUCUGGACUGCAGUGUCAAAUGGAACAUGUGCAAACAUAUUCAUUUGGUAUGCACAUUCAUUAGCAAAAUCUCGGGCGAAGAAGUCCAAACGGAAUCAGUUCGCCAGGAUCAUAAAAGUGAUGAAGAACUUAAUGCAAUUUUGCAAGCAGUCAGUACGAGCAAAACGGAAGCAAAAUUGGAUGCGGAUAAGAAAGACUUUAUCCUAACUCUUAUGACAUAUGUCAAUCAAUGCAGAACGUCAGAAGAAUUAGAUAUAUUAAAAAAACUUACUGCACCAUUUCCCCCAACACUGCAAGCUGUGCGAACAAAUCCAGCAUCUAGUUCUUUAUUGCCAUCUGCUAGAAACAUAUCUACUAAUAAAAAUGUUCAGCCGCAGAGGCGUAUAUACUCAACUAGAAAAGUGACAAAGGAAAAACACAAGGAAAUCCCGACUCAAAAUGAGACUUACACUUUAGCAUUACAACUUUUGUCUUCAGAAAAAAAAAUCGGUAGUUAAUCGUAUUAUUGUAUUGUAACGGAAAUGAUCUGGUUUGCCCCGGAUUGUUAAUUUACUUAAAUCAAUUACUAAAUAUGUUAGUCCAUG